AUGAAUGCAGCCAUGGAACAACUACAAUACGUAGAAUCAUCUGAAAAACAUUGGAUCUGUAAAGGGAAAAGAAGCUUAGCAAUAGCAGCUACGUUACUUAAUCGAAAUGAAAUUGUAGCGAUUCCAACGGAUACGGUAUACGGCCUUGCUGGUAUCAUAAAUAAUACUGAAUCUAUCAAAAAGCUGUACGAGAUAAAAGGACGUAACGAAAAGAAACCAAUAUCUAUCUCAGUUAGUUCUGUGGCGGAUAUAAAACACUGGGGUUAUACGGAUCAUUUACCACCUAAUUUAUUACCAGCGAUAUUACCUGGGCCAUAUACAGUUGUUUUGGAACGGACACCUGAUUUAAAUCCUUUUUUGAAUCCAGGAAUUUCUACCGUGGGCAUAAGAGUUCCAAAGUUCAAGUUUAUAAACUGUCUUUCAAACAUUGUUGGACCAUUAGCACUAACAAGUGCUAAUUUAAGUAACGAACCAAGUUGUUUGAAUGCUAAUGAAUUUGAAAUAUUGUGGCCAAAGUUGGGAGGAAUAUUCUAUGAUUCAAGACUAUCAAGUACCAUCCGCGAAGUAUUGAGAAAAGGGUCCACAAUAGUUGAUUUAACUUGUCCAUAUCAGUACAGAAUUAUACGCAAAGGAGUUGGAAUGCCCUUUCUAACUAAUAUGUUAAGUAUUUAUGGACUAAAAAUGGUUUGUGAUUAA